GAAGCGGCGGCGGCAGCGGCCACGAUGAGCACGGGCGACGCCGUGUGCACCGGCUGGCUGGUCAAGUCGCCCCCCGAGAGGAAGCUGCAGCGCUACGCCUGGCGCAAACGCUGGUUUGUGCUCCGGCGGGGACGCAUGAGUGGCAAUCCUGACGUCUUGGAGUACUACCGGAACAAGCACUCCAGCAAGCCAAUACGUGUGAUAGACCUCAGCGAGUGUGCUGUGUGGAAGCAUGUGGGCCCCAGCUUUGUUCGGAAGGAAUUUCAGAACAAUUUUGUAUUCAUUGUCAAGACUACUUCCCGUACAUUCUACCUGGUGGCCAAGACUGAAGAAGAAAUGCAGGUGUGGGUGCACAGCAUCAGUCAGGUCUGCAACCUUGGCCACAUGGAGGACAGUGCAGCAGAUUCCAUGGAGAGCCUCUCUUACAUGCCCUCCUCCCUCCAACCAUCCUCUGCCAACUCCCUUCAUACUGUCCAUGCUGCCAGCUCCUCCUUGCCAAGAGAUGACCCAAACACUAAUACCAUAGCCACUGAGGAAACCAGAAGUGAGUCAGAGUUUCUCUUCCUUCCUGAUUAUCUGGUUCUGUCCAACUGUGAGACUGGAAGACUGCACCAUGCCAGUCUUCCCACCAGAUGUGAUAGCUGGUCAAACUCAGACCGCUCACUGGAACAGACUUCAUUUGAUGAUGUUUUUGUUGAUGGCCUGCAGCCACUACCCUCCAGUAACUCGGUCCAUUUCUCACGCCAUGGGAAUGGAUCUCAGGAGGCAUCUUCCAUGAGGUCCCAGGCUAUUAUGAUCUGGAAUAGAGAAAUCAAUGGGCCUUCCAGGGACCACUUGUCUUCUUCCUCAUUGCUGGAAACAUCCUUAAAUUCCACCAUUCAGGUAGAAAAAAGUCAACUUUCCUUGCCCUGCGCAGCAAAACAACUAGAUGUAUCCAACACUCCACCUCCCCGCCCUCCUAAACCAAGCCAUUUCUCUGAACGGCGCCAAGAGGAGCAGCACCUGUGGAGUGGGCACAGCACCAGCAAGAAACCAGAAUGCACUCUUGUGCCAAGAAGAAUCUCUCUUUCUGGUUUAGACCACAUGAGAACCUGGAAAGCUGAGGUAGAAUGCCAAUCCUUAAGACACCGAGACAAGCGGCUUAGUUUAAAUCUGCCCUGCAGGUUCUCCCUGAUGUAUCCCCCAGCUUCAACCAGUGCCGAAGACAGCUAUGUGCCCAUGAGCCCCCAGGUCAUUGCCUCUGGUCUUGGACCCCAUUGCAGCCAGGAUGACUACAUCCCUAUGAGCUCAGGAAGCAUCUCAAGCCCACUGCCUGAGCUACCUGCAGACUUAGAGCCUCCACCAGUGAAUAGAGAUCUCAAACCUCAGAGGAAACCACGGCCACCUCCCCUGGACCUGAGAAACCUCUCCACCAUCCGGGAACAUACAUCUUUAACCAGGACCCACACGGUGCCUUGCAAUCGAACCAGCUUUCUCUCUCCAGAAAGAAAUGGUAUUAAUCCUACAAGAUUUUUUGCCAGUCCUGUUUCCAGAGAGGAGGAAGAAAACUACAUCCAAAUGGAGGAGCACCAAACAGCCAACUCCCUGAGCAGUAGUGCUCUUACCUGGACAAAGAAGUUUAGCCUGGAUUAUUUGGCCCUGGACUUUAAUUCAGCAUCAUCAGCCCCUGUACAGCAGAAACUUCUUCUUUCAGAAGAGCAAAGAGUAGACUAUGUCCAAGUGGAUGAGCAGAAGACACAAGCUCUCCAGAACACCAAGCAGGAGUGGACGGAUGAAAGGCAAUCCAAAGUGUCAAAACCAAGAGAGAAUGUGUAGUUUGUGUGGUAUUGGCGAGAACUUUUAGGAGGAAAGGAUCUGUUUAUGCAUUGGAUGGAAAGGAGAAUCCAGCAGUUUCCUCUCAAGCAGGUAUGAAGGGGGCCAACCCACACCCCUUUACCCCCACUUCCAGAGCCUGUGACAGAAGGUCAUUUCUCCAGCCUCAGAGAUGCUUGCAAUGGUUCCACCGUCACAAAAGGAAGAGAUGAAGGGUUCCACAACCACAGACUGAGAUGUAAAAAAAUGCCAUUAAUUCAGGAAUGGUAAGAGCAAUAAAAACAAGACUUUAGAGAACAUUUUUCCAAAUAUUCUGUUACAAAAUUUUCAAAUGGAGUAUUUGGAGCAAAGAUUGGUGCCGGUAUUACGGCCAACAGGCUGACAUUGUUUGCCUCCAAUACCUGAAAUUUUGUCUGAUAUCCUGUGCUUUGAUCAGAACCAAAUUAUUCUAGUAAAGUGUACCCUGAAGACCAUUUUGUCAUAGCCCUUGAAGACACAGUUGAGAUCAAGCUCAGCAAUGGUCACAGAAUUUACACUCCUUACUCUUAUGACUCUAUCAGAUCAAACAUUUCUGUCCCUAAAGAGAUGCAAUUUGAGUGAUGGGCAAUGGAUCCCAGGCUCCAUGAUGAGCAGCAUAUCUGAUGACACUGGUGGCUAUAAAGACAUUUGUGUUUAAGCUGCUGUUCCAUUGCUGUUGGCAUUUUCCCAGCAUGCUUUCUUAUGUAUCAUCUCAUCCCUUCCUCUAAAAGGCCCCAGAAGCUAUGCAUGGCAGAAUCUGAUGCUACUGCCACUUUGAAGAGAAGAAAACUGAGAACCAGAGAAGGGAACACAUUGACCAAGAUCACUCAUGGGGCUAAGAUACAGAGUCAAGCUUAGAGUUGUCCAGGCUGCCAAUUGCAAACUCAUUCCACUAUCUUAUACUACCUCUGAGGAAAUUGACAAAACUGAUCAUUUGGGGGAACACCUGCAAACAAAAGAUGAGCUAUCAUCCCCUCUUCCUUUCAUAGAGAUCUGAGCAAGUGCUCUGAUUCUUAAAAGGUAUACAUGUACAGGGAGGAGUUCUUUUUGCAAUGUUCAAUUGAAACUCUACAUUUUCAGUAGUUACAAUUAGAAAUACCUCCUGAUGAUCUGUCUGAAAUUUUGGCCAAUUUUCCCUUCUGAUUGAAAAAUGACAGAUCCUGAGACUUUGAACAUUCCAUAAAAUGGGGGCAUUGUAUCAUCUCAUCCUCGGUGGAUAAUGGACCCAGGGAGCCCAGAAUGAGGGUCUCAGUUGGGCAUGGAAUUUUAUUUAAUACCCCUUCUUAAUCCUUCUGAGAACCUAGAGCCAUAAUACAUAUCUGAACAAUGAGGAACUAAACAGAUACUGUAUAAGGAUUGACCAAAUAGGAAGCAAACACUCACUGCAGUUGGUGCAGUUGUACGCUUUACCACAGGAUUUCAGGGUUUCAACUGACUGAAUGGUAAGAAAAUAUGUAAGUCUUGUUUUUUCAGACCAUACAAGAAGUCACUUUGAUUUUCAUAGCAGUAGAUUCUGGUGACAUCAUUUUCCUUGUGUUGUAAAGCAGGGAAAAUUGCCAAGUACUUUAAACUGAGUCCAGGGUCCCUAAUGAACCUAGACAAAGCAAGGAGAAGGCUCCCCAGUCCUUGCAUCUCACAGCCACCUCCAUAUCACAACAAAACAUAGGCCAGAGCCUGUAAGGAGCUGCCUUCUUCCUCAUGUGUGUGACAAAAAAAUCACAGAGUCACAGGAAAAGAACCAGGGCUACAGAUUGCCAUUUCCUGUAGAUGGUAGCUUUAUGUGGAGGGGGGGGAUUGUGUUUGGAUCUUUAAUUACCUGGAAAAAGGCUGCUACAGAAAAAUCGUAGCCCUGGGGGUCAAGAAUGACACCAGAUUGAAGAAGAAAAACUACAGCUGAAAUUAUGUCAGUAGUGAAAUAUCAUUGAAUUGGUGAAAGAAAGGAAGAAAAAAGAAAUCUCUUUCCUACAAAGCAUUUCCAAGAAUGUAUUUAUAAAUGAAGCAAUAUACACAAGAGUAGUAUGACUUGUUUGGAUGUGAUUAAUUAAAAACAGGAAUGCUCCGAAUAGGUGC